GCGGUGGGGGCGGCGCGGCCGCGGCGAGCCCGGCGGGGAGCGGAGAGCGGAGCGGGGAGCGGAGCGGAGCGGAGCGGGGGGCCGAUGGCGUUCAGCGCCUGGCAGAUCCUCUCGCCGGUGCAGUGGGCCCGCUGGACCUGGUCGGCGGUGCGGGGCGGGGGCAGCCCCGAGGGGGAGGACGGCGGGGCCGGAGAGGACGACUCGCCGGCGGAGGGCACGGCCCUCGGCUUCAGCUCGGACUCCGAAGGUAAUUUUGAGACCCCUGAAGCAGAAACACCGACCCGCUCGCUACUAAAGGAGUUCAGCGAGCCGCCGCGGGGAUCGCCGGAGCCUGAGGCCGGGACCCAAGAGCCGAGUGGCCAUGGUGACCUGCUGGUAGGGGAAGCCCGCCGGAACAGCUUGCCUGGGAAGCACCCCAAAGAUGAGGCUCAACCGGAGAUCAGAGCCCCUAAAGCCAGCUCAGAUACUAAUGGGGAAACCGGCCCCCAAGACUGGUCCCUGACGCAGCCGCCGGCUGAAGCCCAGCCUCCGGCUGCGCUGGGGAGCAGGGCUGACGCUGGCUGUGCCGCUGCAGAGCCGGCCCCGGUGCCCCAUGCGGGCAGAGCCCCCCGGGAGCGGGUCAUGUCGGGGGGGGACGUGGCGGACGCCGGCACGGGGCUGGUGGAGCUGAAGGCUGAUGCCCUGGCCCAGGAGUGCUCGCCCAGCCAGGGCCAGCUCGGGAGAGGGAAAACACCUUCACUGGGGAGGAAGACGGAGGAAACGGCAGAGGAGACCCCAGUGCCCCAAGCAUCCUACCAGUUCGACCCCGAGCAGUACAACGAGAGCGCAAACCCCUUUGUGGCAGGGGGCUGCCGGGCACAGAGCUCCCCCCCGGCAGCCCCACGCUGUCUCCCCCAUCCCGGCGGCAGCCCUGGUGAGCUGGGGGGGGACCCGGCCCUGGAGCCCAAAGGGCAGGUCCCGAAACCCGAGGUCGAUUUUACGGAGGGGGGUGAGAGCGUGGAGGUGAGGAGGGCUGCGCCCAGGAAGGGCAGCAGGAUCCCCGCCAGCAAGCUGACACCGAAGAGACACCGAGAGCCCCCCAAGAAACCAGCUGAGGAUGCGGAGAGGGGUCCCACAGAGCCGCCGCCUCCCCGGGGCUCCCCCCGGCUGGGUCCUGCGCUCUGGGACAGCCCGGAUCUCAACCCCUUCGAUGGCACUUCAGCCCUGCAAAACUCGCCGACUCUUCCCAAGGGAUCUUACCAGUUUGACCCCGAUAACUUUGACUCCGUGGAUCCGUUUAAGCCCACCAAGACCCUCGCCAGCACCGCCGCCGACUCCUGCCCCACUGCCGAUAACAGCCUCAACGAAAUCCUCGAGUCUCAGACGCUGGAGGUGCAGGACGAUCUCCUGAAAGGCAGAGACUCCCCGAAGAAGCCCAAGUCGCGCCUGAUAACGACUACUGAACAAGUGAAAUUUCUCUGUUUUCUGUUGAGCGGCUGCAAGGUGAAGCAGUACGAGACGCAGUCCCUGGUGCUGGACGUUUGUGCCCAGGAUGAAGGAGCGUUGAUCUCCGAAAUCCCAGACAUUGCAAAUCGGGAUGGGCAUGCCACUGAUGAGGAGAAGCUGGCCUCCACCACCUCCGUGCAGAAACCGGCUGGGCUGGAGAAGAAGGGCGAGCCAGAAGAUGACCUGGAGUACUUCGAGUGCUCGAACGUGCCCGUGCCGGCAGCGCAGCACGGCGUGGGGGCAGGCUUUGAAAAGGAGAUCUCCAAGCAGAUGGAAAAGGAUGGGCCUGGCCUCUUCCCCGGCAAUCCCGGGCUGUGCUCCAUGGACAAGUCCCCCGCAGCCGUCACCAGCGUGAGCAGGAGCGAGAGUCCCCUGGACGGCAUCUGCCUCAGUGAAUCCGAGAAGACAGCCGUGCUCACGCUCAUCAGGGAGGAGAUAAUCACGAAGGAGAUCGAAGCAAACGAGUGGAAGAAGAAAUAUGAAGAGAGCCGCCAGGAAGUGUUGGAGAUGAGGAAGAUCGUGGCUGAGUAUGAGAAGACCAUUGCCCAGAUGAUAGAGGAUGAACAGAGGACAAACAUGACAUCUCAGAAGAACCUGCAGCAGCUCACGAUGGAAAAGGACCAGGCUCUGGCAGACCUCAACUCGGUGGAGAGGUCCCUGUCGGAUCUCUUCAGAAGAUACGAAAACCUGAAGGGCGUCCUCGAAGGCUUUAAGAAGAAUGAAGAAGCUCUGAAGAAGUGUGCUCAAGAUUAUUUAACCCGGGUCAAGCAAGAAGAGCAGCGGUAUCAGGCCCUGAAAGUCCACGCAGAAGAAAAAUUAGACAAAGCCAACGAGGAGAUCGCCCAGGUGCGCACGAAGGCCAAAGCGGAGAGCGCAGCGCUGCACGCCGGGCUGCGCAAGGAGCAGAUGAAGGUGGAGUCCCUGGAGAGAGCCCUCCAGCAGAAGAAUCAGGAGAUUGAGGAGCUGACCAAGAUCUGCGACGAGCUGAUAGCGAAGCUGGGAAGGACAGACUGAGUCUCACCGCCCCUCGUCCAGCACUCUGCACUUGGCCGCUUUUCUCGUAACGUCAAGCACCUUGCCUUAUCACCCAGGAAAACCCCCCCCAGCAGAGAAGCACACGCGUCCAGCUGCCUGCUCCGCUCGGCUGCCGGCCCCCGCGGCCCCCCGUGCAGAGCAGAGCCGGCCCCCACGCUGUCCCCGUGCCCCGGGGGCUCCGGGGUCGGGUUCCCCACGCGCGUGUCCCUCCCGGGGCCAGCAGCAAGCGGCCGCCGCGCUGUCCGUCUGCACGGGUGCCACCUCUCAGCCGGGAGGUGACACCCCGGGCUCUGUCCCCCUCGGCCGGGUCUAGCGGUGCCCCUACACGCUCUGUCACUCACUGUCUCCAUUUCACGGGUCCAACGCGUGGUAGGUCCUGCCCGGGGACGUGGGUGACGCCGGGGUUGGAGCCGCCGGGGAAGCUGACGGGGAAGGGGACCGGGCGCUGGGGAAGGGGACUGGGCAUGUGGGUGCACGGCUGGGGAGGCAGCGAAGGGGGCUCGGGGACCCCAGGCACCCACCGCGGGUCUUUUGGGACCACCAGCGUGAAGCAGCCUCCCAGUAGCUCGAUCGGUUUGGGGAGAGUUGGUGGUGUUCAAGGGGCUGGUCCUGGUCUCUGGUACAGGGGUGAAACACAGCACGGAGUGUCCUUGUCCCUGGCCGCGCCAGCCGCGGAGGAGGGAGGCCGACGUCUCCGCAUUCGUGCACUUUAUUAGCAUUUAUGAGCACUCGGGCUCUCUGCUCGCUUCCUGCAGGUGGGCACGGUCCUGCUACACGUGUCGUUGCCCCGGGCAUGGAUACAACCAGUUAACCAGCAGUAACUUAAGUCCUCUCGAAGGCGAGCCUGGCCAAGGGGUGGGCAGGAGGCUUCUGCACCAAGAGGGGCUUGAGAAAUGGAGAUGUUGGUUCUGGAGAGCUGGAACUUGUCCGUCUGUCCCCUCCGGGGCCGCCCUGCCCGCAGCCCUGGCACCUCCCGAGGCUUGUUAACGUGGGGUUUCUAGUCCGGUUUAAAAUGCACAAACCAAGCCUCCUGCUGUCGGGUCCCCAGGCCAUAGUGAGGUUAGUUCCCCACUUUGGAUGUCGCAGGCGGAAGGAAGCAAACCCUGAAGUGCUUCACGAUUCUGCUGACUUAAGGCUCUUUUCUCCAGUCGGUGCAGAAGGGCGAGGAGUGCAGUACUGCCCUGGGUCUUGUGCUGCUGUCAAAAACGCCCUUAUGGCACUGAAUAUUAAAAGAACCAAACAAAAGCCAGCCUUUACUGGCAAAGGCAGCUCCAGGCAGCAGUAAAAUACACUUUGAAAUCUGUCUGGAUGCAGCCCAAAAUCUGACUUUCCACACAGGCUGCCUGCUCUAUCUCCAAGGUGUUUACUUUUCUGGACACGCCGAGCUCCAGCAGAACUGCUGAGGUUGCCCCUGCACUGUGCUGGAGCCGGGGGGCUCUGGGCUCCUACGAUGUGUUUCAAUUUGUGUGCAGACCCCGCAUGUGCCCUCCUGGUAGCGCCGCUGGCACGAGCCUGCCUUGCCCAGUGAGUGCUGGGGGGGGUGCCCCAGGCUGGGGGGUGCCCCAGGCUGGGGGUGCUGCCCCUCGGGGCCAGCACAGAACCAUCCUGUCCUGCCAAAAGCAGAUCAGUGAGGUCAGGCAGUGGCUGCAGCGGUGGAGGAUUCUCUGCUAUCGCCUUGAAGGGACAGUCAUGAAGCGUCAAAGCGGGGAAAUCUUCGCUGUUUGGACUGUUUCCUGCCCAGCCUACCUAAGACUUUCACAAACCUUUUUGCUGCUACCUUUUUGUAAAAGAACUGAGCUGUUUUCCUUCUAAUUCCCUGUGUUGAGCGUGCAGUGCAAACAUCCGUUUAUACCCAUACCCUUGAUAUAUAUUUUAUUAGUUAUAUUAUGUAUAGAGAGAAUUUAUUAUACACUUAAGCAGAUAAAGCUGCCAGCAGCCUGCCCUAGUGUGCAGAGUCCAGGCCUGUUCACCGUGCUCCCAGUUAUCCCAGUGAGCAGGCUGCUAGCUGGGUGGUGGGGAAGCUGAUGGCUGAUGCUGCUCGGAGCUGUGCACCCGCGGCUUUGUGCUGAAUAUUCACCCCUUUGCACAGCUGACAAAAGGGAAAAAACCUUUUUUUCCUUUUUUUUUCCCCCCUCUAUUCUUUUCCCUUUGUCCUCCCCACACGUCCCUCUAAUGGGCUGGUAGAAAACCCCCUGCCAGAUGAGCUACAAAGACUUUCCCUGUUUGGGGAGUCAAACUGCCAGCCCCAGCCCACCGGCGCGCGGCUCCCCUCCGUUUUAGCAGCAUUUGGGGUUUUGCAGUCUAUAGCACCGCUCUCCUCUCCUCUUUCUCACGUGUCCUGCUCCAAAACAGCAUUCCUGCCUGGAUGUGAGGGGCCCUUUCCUGGCUGCAUCAGCCGGGCUUCGGCAGGGUGGUGCUGCAGCCGGGAGUGACCCCCCGGAAGGUGCUGCCCCUCUGGACCUUCUGAGGGUCUGAAUUAAAACCCUGAAGAACCCGGGGUUUCUGAGGGAGUUGGGUUUUUCUCUUUGCAACCCUUCAGACACCAGAGGGAGCAGGUCGGCAGGGAGCAGCGUUGCAGGAGCUGUUGGAGCUGGUAGGCAGUUGUUUUGGGGGUAGGUUCUGGUUUGUCACCCAGGUUCGUGCCCGUAGCAGCGGUCGAGGUCCCAGCACGAGGCUGAUGGAGCCAAGGCGCGGGGGGGUCCCGCAGACCCUCGGCCUUGUGCCCUGCCCGGGGACCCCCUGCUUGGCACCCCGGCUUUCCACGAGGUAUAAAUGCCCCGGGCCGUCCCUGUGAAUCUUCCUCCCGCUCUGCCUGGAGGGGUGAAGCUCGGUUGGUGUUUGCUGUGGCCGGCCAGGGCCGGGUUUGCUCACCUGGGGGGUCAGCUCUGAGGAGCAGAGCACCAGCCCCGGGGUGCUGGGCUCCCCGGGAGCCUGACCCGAGCUCGGUCUCUCGUCAGGGGUGUUGUUCUGGCCCGGGAGGUGGCAUAUAAUUGCAGAGAUCUCGAUUUCACCACUCGGCACCGCCCCAGCCUGCAUGCAGCGCAGUCCCUGCUCCAGCCUUCCCCCCCAAAGGCCAGGCGGGCUGCGGGGAGCGGCUCCCACCGCAAUAAUCACUCUGGCAGCAUCCCCCCCAUCCCGGCUCCCCCCACCCCACGCUCGCUGCCUCUCACCCCAGGGCUGUUGCGUUCCUGUGCCUGUCAGCAUCCACUUCCAGUCUGGGCAAAGAAGAUUCCUAAGGAAUGAUUUAUUAACUAUAAUAUGGUUAUAGUUACAUAUAUAAAAAUAUAUAUAUAAUGGUUAUAGUUAUAUAUAAUAGAAGGCAUGUGGUUGUAACGGUAAACGGGCAGGCCUGUUGCCUCUCGCGUGCGUCCCGGAGCUCCCGGGGGGGCACAGGGGCUCCCACCCAGCUCACGCUCCCAGGCUGCCCCGCCGCGCCAGCCAAGGUGUGUAACCAGCGCGGGGCAGCUGCAGGUCCCGCCGCGCCGGGAGGGCAGCCCGGCUCUGCUUGUCGUCCUUUUCUCGCGGUAGGAUCGCCACGGCCCUGCCCGGCAGAGCCGGGCGCCCGCCCGCGCCGCCGUUUGUGCGUUUGCCAGCAGAUCUCUGUCUCCCAUGAAGUGCCAACGAGGAACCAACCGCCCCGCCUGCAGACCCCUUCCGCCCGUCCCUCCAGCGCCGCCCUCCCAGAGGCAGGAGCUUUCUCUGCACUGACUACUACCCCGAUCGCUUUGUACCACGUAUGCCGCUGCCAUUGCCAUCAAUUUUAUAUGUACAAUAAUUUCCCUUUUAUAUGUCAGGUAAAUAUUUGUAAGAGUUAUACUCACACAAAUGAGAUUAUUAUAAUGAUUACUAAUAUAUUUUUUCCAUGUUUCAUUGCCUGAAUAAAAAUUGUGUUUAUCACUCUUGAAAGCUUUCUUAGUGUUUGUCAGGUCGGUGAGGGCUUUUUGGAGAAGUUGGCUUUAUCUUCCAGGAUGGGCCACGUUCUGCCUCUGUUUUAUUAAUGUGGUUUACAAUGCAGUUGGUUUCAAAUCAGCAUGGUUACCGUCUGUUCCUGAAAUCUGUGCUCGUGAACUCUGAAACUCAGGCCUGAGGUGACUUCGAUGCCCCCUUGACUCCCACCACACUGCGGCGGAGCUCCCGGCAGAUUUUGCUGAGCUGUGGUGCAGCCGCCGGUGAGCUCGGCCAGGCUCAGAGCCGAGGGCAGCGGUGAGACGUCGGGCAGCGGGACUUGGCUUAAUCCCCGCACCGUCCCUGAUGCCUUUCGUGGCCUUGGGUAAAUCCUCUGGCAAGGAUGGAGACCGCCCGGCCGAGCUGUGAGCUGGGGAGUGGGUGAGCACGGGGACAGCUCCGCCGGGCUCCCAGCCCCAUGUGGGUUUUCAGUUGUUCUCUUGCAAUUCUCUUUUGGUGGGCUGGAAACUUCUGGAGGGUUUUUCCCCAACUUGGCUGCUGCAAAUGGCAAGAAAGGGGUUAUUCUCUGGGUGAAGCAGAUGGGCUUGGUCCAGAUCUUUGAAAGUCACAAGGUACCGUGUCCGGAGAUGGAGAGGGUUCCCACCGGCGGGAUGUGGAGCAGAGCCCAGCCCGGUGAGCGUGGGCAGGUCCGGCCACCUCCACCAGCACCGGGCCAGUGCUCUGCCCCGCUCCGGUGGCCCGGCCCAGCCCGUGCCCUUGGGGAGCAGCAUUUGUCCUCUCCUGAUAAGAUGGCAUUAGCCAGGGGCUGCAGUAAGAGUGUGAUCCCCAGCCCGGUGAUCCAAUCGCCCAAGCAGAUUAGCGGUAAAAUCUUAAGACAAAACCGAGGCUACGUGCCCUGUGCUGCACACUGCUGGAAAUGUCCGCCCUGAAGACCCUCCUGGCCCUGGCCAUCGUCACAUCCCUGGCUGGAGAAAGUAAAGCCCUGAAAUGCCACAAAUGUGUUGCGUCCAACGAGAACGACUGCAACAAGCAGGGCUCCCACAGCUGCCCCCGGUACGCCGAUGCCUGCUCCACGAUCACUGCGCCAAACAGCAUCAUUAAGUCCUGCUCCUACAAGUCCUUCUGCGACCAGGCACGGCACGGCGGCUCCGGCGGGGCCACCCUGAGGUGCUGCUUCAGCGACGACUGCAACGGGCCGCUGCACGGCGCGGGCGGGGGGGCCAGGCCGCUGCACCUCCCCAGCCUGCUGGCCACCGCGCUGGCCGGGACGCUGCUGGGCUGGCUGUGAGGGUCCCGGGCCAGGGGCGUAGCUGCUUGCCGCGGUAGCCUAGGGCCGGUGGGUUUGCUCUCUGCCGAAGGCGCGGGAGAGGCUGAGCUGCCACCCGGCAAAUAAACGCUGCAGUUGAAAACCC